AUGAUUUCCGAGGAAAGGUCUUCUGUAGGCUCGUUGUUAAGCCGAGGGAACCUCCAGAGGAAGUCAUCACACCUGAAUAAAACAAUAGGGGACGACAACGUCGGAAUGCAAACUGCAGCGAGUGAAAUCUCAACUUCACGAGCUGAAACGAUAAAAGGUGUCACAAAUCCAACAUUAAUAUCAACAAGUGAUGUAGCUGACAACAGGUCUACGUUAUCCCUCGUUGAAGGGCAAUGCCUACCUGAAUCUAAUCAAAAAAUUUUUUCUAAAUGGGUACGAGCUUGCGAUCAUACAGAGAGUAAACAGGGAGACAUAUUGCCUCUUAAAAAGCAACAAAAACAUGAUGAUAAUGGAAGAAUAGGACCCAAACUAAUCGUUAAACAAACUGGUACAACCUACCGUGCAUCAUUCCAAACUGACGACAAAGAGUUCAACAAUGACAUACUUGGCACUAGAAGACUUUAUUAUAAUCUAGCUGACGUAAGGUUAGCGUUAACCCUGGACGAAUUGCAAUGUGGACCUGAAUUUAAUCAAAAAAACUUCUUAUAUAAACAGGUGGCGACUUGUAAAACUACCCAGUGUAGACGGGGGAUAAACAUAACUUUUAAAAAGCAAGGCGGUAAUAAAACUAUGGCGCUUAUAGUAAUCGUUGAAGAACCAGUAAGUCUCUCUAGGAGAUUCGCUGGAAUCCUCAGUAAGAGGAUAAACUCAAAUGGUCAAGAAAUCAAGGUCAGGUCGAAAUACAAUCGAAAAAUCUUAUUUAUAAAGGCCUGUUCUGAUUAUUCCCCAAACCUACAGGAAACUGUAGUGUCUACAAGGGUGUAG